GCCUAUAAUCGACCUGAAUCAUUUAUGAACACUAUCUUCUUGCUUCGGAAUUUACGUAGCGAUAUGCCUUCUGAAAAACCUUUUCACCAUAGAGCUACUCUAAAGCAAUCAAAUAAAUCUUUUAAAUUGAAACAUGCCACAAAGGGCUCUCUGAAAGAUCAACAAAAGGCAAUAAUUGAAGGACAGAAUCGUACUAUUGUGGCUGUUAUUCCUUUAUGUUCUGAUAUAAAUUCACAUAAUGUUGUAGAAAAUAUAUAUGCAAGCGUCGAACAACCGGCUUCGAUUAACGGAAACAUUGCUUUUUUGAAUGCCGAAUUCAUUAUUUUGGAACGUAAUUUCAUUGAUAUUAUUGAUGCAUGCAAACAUUUAGAAGACAUUCAACAAAAGAAACGCAAUGAUGUCAAGAAAUCACUUCUAAGCUUCAUUAAUUAUUUUUUCCCUGACGAAGAGAAAAUUCAUGAAGCUCUAAAUAUUCUUAGAACAAUAUGUACUCAACUUCCUAAACAAGUUUCAUGGAGAGAGAAACGUCCAUAUACGCUUGCAGAAGAGAUAUCUUUUGAUAGUAAUGAUGAUAAUAAAGGAACACACAGAGUUACAGGAUACGCUAGAGGCUUAAUACACUUGCAGAACUUUUGUGAUUUUCAAUUGAAUCAGAUUACGUCCUGUCCAAAAAAAUCCAAGGAUGGUAGAGAUAUGGCAGAAGAUAUUAAAGUACUUGAUAUUGCAAAUCCGGAAGAGCAGGCAAGUUACUUGCCUUUGGAAUUUAUAAGCUGCAUAAGUAUUUUGGCGCGUGAAUCCCUAACUGCGGAAAACGAACCAAAUUUUAUGGAAAAUGAGCAAACAUGGCCAACUGAAGAAGAAAUUACCGGCAAUGAAGGUUUUCGUACCUCACCAUGGGAUCCAAAUGAAAAUUUACCGAUUGAUUAUGGUCAGUUUGAAAAUUAUAAAAGAACAAAAAGUAGAGUUAUCAACCAGGCUGUUGCCCAUGUAAGCGGUGUAAAGAUUGGAGCGUAUAUUACUUUACAUAUAGCCAAUGUUCCUAAAGAAGUAAUUG